AUGUACUUCCAAUAUAUGAGAUGCCCGGAGGCGUACCAGGUGGACCUAGCAGCUCACUACUUGGCUGGUGAUGCACACUUGUGGUGGAGGAGUGUGUUGGCCAAGAGGGAGCAGAGAUUGAUGGUGUUGGGGGACUUCUUGUUGGUGCGGGAGUACAACGUAGAGUUUAGCAGACUCUUGGUGUACUCGAGUCGUGCGGGAGAUCCAGAGCAGAUGCAGGUGCGUCAGUUCAUCAAGGGUCUCAACCACGACAUGAGGGUCCAAUGCAAGGUGCAAACCUACGCGUCGCGUGUGGAGCUGGUUGAGGUGGCGUUGGGUAUUGAGGACGAGCUGAGGAGUCAUCUGGUGAUUUCUAAUCCGUCGGUGCAGCAAAAGAUGGCCCAGCCGAAUUUCGUUCUGAGCAGGGGCGGCAAGCCUGCUCAGGGACAUAAGAGGAAGAGGGACGAUGCUUCCAAGGUAGGUAAAGGUGGUCGGGGAUACUUCGGGUGCGGGAGCAUGGAUCACAAGCUGGCGAGCUGUCCAAAGAAGAACGAGCCGCGCGUGGAGACUCGUGUUUGUUUCCACUACAAGGAAACGGGGCACAUCAAGGCGAGGUGUCAUAAGGCGCAGAAGAUGGUGGUAGCAGCGCUGUAG